AUGAGCAAUAACAACGGCAACAGCAGCGGCAAGAGCUCCGCCGGUGACGCCAAGGCCCCGCAGGGCUCCUCGACCAACGCGUCGUCGGGGAGGAGGGCUAGCUCUGGCAGCGGGACCCAAGCUCCUAGCGCCUACCGCAUCAUCAACGAUGGCUGGGGUUCGCGGUCCAACUUCCAGCACAGCUACGGCCUUGACAUGAGCCCCGAAGGACUCGAGGAAGGCAAUCAGAUUAUCGAGGCCUUCCAGGAGUACGAUCAGCAAGCCUCCCAGCGAAGAUCGAGCAACUGA